AUCAAUUAAUGUAGAAGCAGAGUUGACGAAGAAACAAUCGCCCCGACCAUAAACACCCCUAUUUCCUCGUUUUUUCACACCCAUUUUUUCUUCAAUCCCAACUGCAAACCACAGGAUUCAACACGCUUCUGUGAAUGAAGAUCAACACCGACGAAGACCACGGGAGUGCAGGGACGACGACCGGCUCUGUGUCAUCGCCGGGUAAUCUUCUCUUCAGUCCUUCUUCACUCCUAGAUGCCUCGUACGAACACUCCAAUUUCUCUACUACGGGGACUGAAGAUGGAGAUCUGGAGAAAAGCUGUCGAACUAAGAAACAUCCCCGCAGAAAAACCAGUAGCUUCGCGUACAGAGUUCGAGAUCACGUGAAGAUGGGGCCAAAAUUUUCAGAAACAGUGAAGGGGAAGCUAAGAUUAGGAGCCAAAAUCAUACAAAAAGGAGGAAGAGAAAACAUAUUCAAGGAAGUAUUUGGGGAAAUCGAAGGAGAGAAGUUGUUGAAAGCUUCUCAAUGUUACUUAUCAACCACCGCAGGUCCAAUCGCUGGAAUACUCUUCAUCUCCACUCAAAAGAUAGCUUUCUACAGCGACAGAUCCAUCGCAUUGCCUUCACCAAAUGGCGACCCCAUUCGAAAGCCUUACAAGGUAUUGAUUCCAGUGAACAAGAUUAAAGAAGCGAAUGAGAGUGAGAACGUGGAGAACCCUGCACAAAAGUACAUACAAAUGGUGACAGAUGAUGACUUUGAAUUUUGGUUUAUGGGUUUUGUACGUUUUGAGAAAGCAUUUCGUAAUCUUAAAAAGGCUCUUUCUUUUGUUGCAAAGUGAUAGAAACUUUGUUUGAUGAGGAUAGUUGCUUUGUACAAAUAUGUGUUUAGCUUGUUUUUUGUAUGCAUUUUUACUUUUUAGUAUUUAUAUGCUG